UCCCAGCAUGCACUGCAAAUCCAACAUGGCGGCGCCCAGUUCGGAAGAAAUCCGACUCGAAGGAAGUUUUCCUCCUCCAGACCAAGUCUUCAAGUCUGCUGAGGAUCAGUCGUUAUGCAAACUGUGCCUAAAGCAGUACUCCAGGUAUACUUGCCCCAGGUGUAACGUGGCGUAUUGCUCCUUGGCUUGCUACAGAUCAGAGAAACAUGUUGGAUGUUCAGAGCAGUUCUACAAGGAACACAUCAUUGAGGAGCUGAAACAGCAGAGGGGAAGCCAUGAAGAGAAACAGAAGGUUCUGGAGAUGCUGAAGAGAUUAGAGGAUGAGCAGGAGGAGGAGGAGGGAGAAGAUGGGGAGGAGGAGGAGACUCUGGAGGACAGAUUGCAGGGGCUGGACCUGGACAGAGACACAGAGGCCGUUUGGGAUCAGCUGACCGCCCAGGAGAGAGCAGAGUUCCAGGCAGUGGUGGAGAAAGGCAUGCUGGGAGAAAUGCUGGAGAUGUGGACUCCCUGGUGGAGCCUGUCGCAUGAACGUGCGGCCUUGAUUGAGGAAGUUGGGUCUGAGCAGGACACAGUAAGAGAAGAGACAGAAAGCAGAACCAAGACAAGCCCCCCUCCCCCUUUGCUGUCAAAGAUACCUGUAUUGUCUUCCUUACUUAAGGGUCAGCCAUCUGAGUGUAUAAAGUACAACAUUGUGAAUAUACUCUACUGCUAUGCUUAUGUUGUCAGGCUGCAUAAUGGAGAACACUUCACCAUGUCAAGACAAGCAGCACAGGAAGUGCUACAGCUGUGCCCAGUCUUUACGGAGAACACCAGUUUCAGCAGUGCAGGGGAGGCUUUACACGCAGCCAUAGCCAGGUCAAAUCAGGACCCGUCAUUGGCCAACACCCCAUCCUUCCAGUCACUGGUGGUGAAAGAUGUGUCCUGCGUUUUGAUUGGUCCCAGUAAGGAGGACAGUUUGCAGUUUGUUCAAGCUGCACUGUCAGAUCUUCAUCAUCUUUUCUCGGUGGCCAGGAGAAAAGUGGAUAAAGGUAUGCUUUUGAUAUAA